UUGAGCCGCUGUUGUCAGUUUCAACAAAAUGGCUGCUGGAGCGCCACAAACGAAAUCCCAGUGAACGCUUCACGUCAGUGCAGAAUCGUUUCAAAUGGAUGCAUUGGAAUUUCCGAGCAUUGGGACAUUUAUUCGUGUGGACUCGUUUACAUACGUAUUAUCGAGCUGAAAGGCAUGCUGAAAGAUUUCCCUUUACGCACUUUAUAUACAUCCAAAAGCAUACAAAAGCUCAAACUGCCAGUGCGCGCGCGUCUGUAAGGGUGCGCGCGUGAAGCUGCUUCUAAAAAUCGCCGAAAUGUUACACUUGAUCAACCUUAAGCUUGCUCGCUGACGUGCAGAAUUGUCAUUUAAUGUCCUUUUCACUGUUUGCACUGGCAUUGUUUUUAGAGAUUGUUUCUUUCCCCUCUGGAUAAAUUCCACUGCAUAAUAAGAGCUGAAUUCCUCAACUGGAAAGUCAGGCUCGCCAUUGCAGUUCACUGCAAGAGCGAGAGAGUCUGACUGCGACUGAAUAUAUCUGAUCUGUCAGUACGGGUAUCGACAACAUCCUCCUUCACCAUGCAGCUCGUGCAUUCCAUCUGAACAGCAAACUGCAGUUGCUCCUUAUACGAAAUAAAGCCUUGGGACAAAACACAUCACACAAGAGGAGAACCAUUUGAUGGAAGAAAAGAAAAAGAAAAAGCAAGAAGAAAAGAAAAAGAAGGAAGCUGCUCAGAAAAAGGCUGCUGAACAGAAAACCAAAGUGCCAGACUCUGCCAAGCCCAGCCCCACCCCUCCCCCCCCCACCAACCCCAGCAUCACCACCAACCCUCCCGUGCCCUCAGCCAGCAGCAGCACUGGUGGCAAUGGCAAACGUGCACCCUCCGGCAACAACCAACAGCAACAGCAGUCGCCGGCAGCCCCUCGCUACCCGCCCAGAGAGGUGCCCCCUCGUUUCCGUCAACACGAACACAAGCAGCUACUGAAGCGAGGCCAACCUCUGCCCGUCGGGAGCACAGCUCUUGUGCAGCCCGCGUCCGCCAGCACUACGCCUCAACCCUUCUCCUGCCAGUCCAACCCAGAGCUGCCCCCGCAAAGUGGCCUGGCAGCGCAUUAUGAGAAUAUACCCCCCAGUCGCAGUGCCACUACAGCCUCUACUAACAGCUGCGGCAGCUGGGAUCCACUGAUUAUUGACGAGCGCGAUACGGAGGCUUGGCCUUCAAUUUCAUGCAAAGAAAGCCACGUUCCUGCAGGAUGCCCUUUGGACACUGAAAGUAUCAGUGACAUCAGCAGCAUGAGCAUGGCCACAGGAGCUGGCCAGCAAGGCCAUUUCUCUGCCAAUCACCCAAGCAAAGCCAAUGCCAGCCACUCAGGAGGUCUGCUCUCUAGUCAGGGUGGGGCCAGCCGAGGCUGGGGCUCUGGCCAAUCUCCUGCCAGUGGAGAAGGGAAGAAUGAAGUCUCCAGCACAUCAGUGGGAGCCAGGGGUUGGGGCUCCUCUAACUUUAACUUGAACUUAAACCCUAACGCCAACCCCUCUGCCUGGCCAGUUCUAGGUCAUGAAGGGUCUGGCAUGGGUGGCGGCAGCUCAGGGGGUAGCAACCCUCCUCCUAAUCUCUGUAGCCCACCGGGCACUCUGCCCAGCCAGGGCUCUAGCAACAGUGGCAGUAUAGGUGGUCCCAAUGGAAACUCUGCAAGUAAUGGUGGCAGUGGCAAUGGCAGUACCACAUGGGGUAGUAUUGUGCCCAGUGACUCCUCAGAGCCACACUCCACCCCAUCCACGAAUGUGUCUUUCAGCUCUGAACCUCAGAACCUUAACACUGAUGGACCAAAUCACACUAAGCAGGAGCCCAGAAGUCCUGGUCACAGCCUGUCAAACUGGGGGGUUGGACCUCCAGGCAUGGGCUCAUUUGCUCAAUCCCAAGGAGGAUCCUCGCAGGUCAACGGGGAUAGAGAACCUAUUUGGGGUAAUGGAGAUGCCAAGUCUGGUGGUGGCUCAAAAGACUCUGAUUGGGACUCAGGGCACUGGGUACAAGGAGGGGCCUCGGGCACUUCUGGCUGGGGACAAGCUGCCUCAUCUGGUGACUGGGGUAAGCAUUCCAACAUUGAUGCCAAAGGAUGGAAUUCUUCAGGCUCUCCCACCCAAGAACAGCAGCUAAAUUCUUGGGUCCGUGGGCCCACUGCCCCAGCUAGUGAGGGAAGUAGUGACAGCAUGGAAUGCCAUCCUCGCAGGAGGGAUCACUCAUCAAGAGAUGAGACUUCUCCUAUUCUGCCUGCCCAGGAUAUGGAUCCUCGGGUUCUGUGCAACACAGGCUGGGGACAAACACCUGUGCGGCAGCACACUGCUUGGGAAACCGAAGAAGCUGCUCGCUCCAACCGCAAGAAUGACAUUGGAACUGAGACCUGGGGCUCGUCUUCAAAUGCAGCCAAUGUAGGACCAACAUCUAAUUCUGGCAGUGCCAACCCAAACUCAGGCACUACAUCCAGACCUGACUCUGGGGGCAAGAGUGAAGGCCCCUGCCCUAGUACUGUAGCUGCACCUGGAUGGGGCACAGCAAUGUCAUCACCCCAGCCUGGCUCUGGUUGGGCAGAUACAACCAGCAGCAAGAAACCUUCAAUUAGUCCUGGAGAUUGGGGCAGCACCCCAGCUGGAGGCCCAGGAGGCAACUUGCAGAAAAGUGGUCAGACUUGGGGUUCAGAAGAGAAGUCUCCGACCUGGGAGGACAGUCACGCUAAAGCCAAACAACAGUGCUGGGUUGAGGGGCCUAAGUCUCACGGGUGGGGUAAUGGACCUGGUGGAGAAAGUGGUUCUGGAGGAGAAUGGGGUGAACCUGGAGAUGGAAAGAAAAAUGGUCCCUCCAGCUCUACCUGGCAGGGAGAGGGUACAGGCUUGAACGAGGGAUCCAGGGGAUGGACCAAGCCUUCUGCUGGAGUAGGAGGAAACUGGGGAGAAGCACAACGCCCCAGUGUGCCACCACAAGGAUGGAAUAAUAAGCCUCAGGAGGGCACCAAUGGCAAUAGCACCGGUGGAAGCAUGGGUUCUUGGGGAGGUCCUACCUCUGUAAAGCAGAGUUGCUCCGGAUGGAAUGGAGGAAAUGGUGGAGGUGUUAAACCUGACCAUACUGGAGAUCCCACUGGAUGGGAGGAGCCCUCUCCACCCUCCAUCCGCCGUAAGAUGGAGAUCGAUGAUGGUACCUCAGUUUGGGGUGACCCAAGCACUUACAACAAAACAGUCAAUCUCUGGGACAGGAAUAACCCUGGAAUGCAAGGCAAACCAGGACCUAGCAAUGCCAACAAUGUACCCAACAACCAUCAUCAUCAUUCCCAUCAUAAUCAGCCUUCCAUACAAUCCCACAACCAUGGAGGGCCAAACUCAAACAAUAAUCACAUUUCUCCUGAUAACGCUGGCCCACAUCAAACAGGGCCACCUCACAAUAGAACAACCCUUAUGAAUCCAGGAUGGGGAGAGAUGACAAAUGCCCAUUCAAAACCUGAGCCCUCAUGGGGAGAGCCAGCAGCCCCUGCUGCAAGUGUGGACAAUGGCACUUCAGCAUGGGGCAAACCCCCAGGUAGCUGUGGCAGCUGGGGUGAUAAUGGCCCUGAGGUCUAUGGCCGAGGCAAUGGACCCCCUGGAUCUGCCCCCAGCAAACCUGCCCCCAAAUCUAUGCAAGAUAGUUGGGGAGGUGGUGAUGACAUGGGCAUGUCUGCAGGGCAAUGGGAGCAGGAUGAGGGUGACAUGUGGAACAACACUGCAUCUCAGGAGAGCAACUCCUCCUGCAACUCCUGGGGCAACCCACCGAAAAAGGGCCCACCAAAGGGAAAAGUCACAAACAAACAGGAUGAUACCUGGAUAAUGAAUCGUCUUAUCAAGCAGUUGACUGACAUGGGCUUCCCCAGAGACCCUGCAGAAGAGGCUCUUAAGAGCAACAACAUGAACUUGGAUCAGGCCAUGAGCGCCCUGUUGGAGAAGAAGACGGAACUAGAUAAAAGGGGGAUGGGAAUGUCUGACUACAACAACGGCCUAGUCAAUAAACCAAUGGGCUGUAGGCCUUCAGUCAUUUCCAAAGAAUCCUCCUCAGAUCGACCCCCUUUCCUGGACAAGGAUGCUGGGCUAGCAGAUGAUGCCCAAACCUCACCGUUUAUGCCUUCUCCGAGCCUGAAGCUCCCAAUGGGUAGUGCUGCACUCCCUGGCCAGAGCCUAGGAGUUGCCAUGCAAAACUUGAACAACAGACAGAUGCAGAGUGGAGUGUUUGGUAGUAGCGGAGCAGCACAAGCCCGGGCCCUGCAGCAGCAGCCUCCUCCCCAGCCGUCAGUGCCACCUCUCAACUCGUCCCAGCCUAGUCUACGCGCUCAAGUGCCUCAGUUUCUCAGCCCUCAGGUUCAAGCACAGCUUUUACAGUUUGCAGCAAAAAACAUUGGUCUCAACCCUGCACUUUUAACCUCACCAAUAAACCCUCAGCAUAUGACCCUGUUGAACCAACUUUAUCAGCUGCAACUGGCGUACCAGCGUUUACAAAUUCAGCAGCAGAUGUUGCAGGCACAGCGCAGUGUUUCUGGCCCCAUCCGACAGCAAGAGCAGCAAGUUGCACGUACAAUCAAUAACAUGCAGCAACAGAUCCAACAGCACCAGCGGCAGCUGGCUCAGGCUCUGCUGAUGAAACAACAGCAGCAGCAGCCACCCCCCUCACACCCGGGCCUGCAUCCCAGUGCAGGCAAAUCAGCUCUGGACACAUUUCCAUCCCACCCCCAGGCCUCCAGCCUCUCUGUUUCCGACCUUCAGACCAAAGAGCCGCAGUCUUCUCCAAACUCCUUCUCACCCUAUCCUAUUUCUGGAUUAAACCCUAACAUGAAUGUAAACUGCAUGGAAGUGGGUGGCCUGUCCAUUAAGGAUUCUCCUCAGCCUCAGUCACGCCUGUCACAGUGGACACACCCAAACUCCAUGGACAACCUCUCUGGCAACUCCUCCCCAAUGGAGCCCAACUUCAACAAGCAUGGUGCCAUCUCUGCAGGCCCAAGUUUGGGUCCCCCUAGUAAGCCACCACUGGAUGACUCCUACAGUCCAUACAAUCUGAUUUCCAGCUCAGAUUCUCCUGCCAGCCCCCUGGCCCCUCACGAUAGCUGGGGCCAGGGAAAGAAUGCCAAUGACAAGAUCUCCAAUGGGACCAAUGUUAACUGGCCUCCAGAGUUUUGUCCAGGAGUGCCAUGGAAAGGACUGCAGAAUAUUGACCCAGAGACAGACCCAAAUGUGACUCCAGGGAGUGUUCCCAGUGGGCCCACCAUCAACACCAACAUUCAGGAUGUGAACCGCUACCUGCUGAGGGACAGGAGUGGAGGUUCCACCCCAACUUCCUCACAGGGCGAGGCUCUGCCUCCCUCCAGCGAUUGGCCAGUCACUAGCUCUUUCAGUCUGUCCUCUCCCGAGGCAGACAGCACAGGCAAGCUGUCUGACAUGAAGUCCACUUGGUCCCCGGGGCCCAUCUCGCACACCCAGGCUUCUCUAUCUCAUGAGCUUUGGAAAGUCCCACAAGGGCCCCGCAACACGACAGCUCCCACACGACCACCUCCAGGCCUGACCAACACCAAGCCCUCGUCCACAUGGGGCGGAAACGCUCUUGGCCUGGUAGCUGGCUGGAGCAGCUCCUACUCCUCAGUAGGUACCACGUGGAGUACAGACAGCUCCAGCAGGAGCACUAGCUGGUUGGUUUUGAGAAACCUCACACCUCAGAUCGAUGGUUCAACACUCCGGACACUGUGCAUGCAGCACGGCCCGCUCAUUACAUUCCAUCUCAACCUGACACAGGGCAAUGCUGUGGUCCGCUACAGUUCUAAAGAGGAGGCUGCCAAAGCCCAGAAAUCCCUACACAUGUGUGUUCUGGGAAACACCACUAUACUGGCAGAGUUUGCUGGAGAAGAGGAGGUGAACCGCUUCUUUGCACAGGGUCAGUCCCUUACACCCACCACCAGCUGGCAGGCCAACCCUGGCACCAAUCAAACGCGGCUGGGAGGCGGAGGGACGGCGGCCACGCACCCCAUCGGCCACUGGAAUAGCGGUAGUCUGGGAGGAGGAGGAGGGGCCGGGACGGGGUCUGGCGGAAAGGCGAGCAACGAGCUGCUGUGGGGGGGUGUACCGCAGUACUCCAGCCUGUGGGGGCCACCCAGCGCUGAGGAUGGCCGAGUUGUCGGCAGCCCCACCCCAAUCAAUACGCUGCUUCCUGGAGACCUGCUGAGCGGAGAGUCCAUGUGAGAGUGCCAAGCGCUCGACCCCCUACGGCAGCGAAAUAUGAAACUUCACGAGCAAAAACCAAGCAAAUCAUUUGGCGAUAAUCAGCGUCAGUGGAACUGUGAAAACCAAGAGACAGGAGGCUGAGGCCACACUUGCAUAAAGGCUGCUGACCUUCUUCCUUUUCUUUUGUUUUUGUUUUGCGUCUUUUCAUUGGUGUUCAUUUGGCUUGGGUUGCAGUAUUCUACAGACUUCUUACGAAGAAUAGGGACUAAAAGAGAAGUGAACCUUUAAUAACUGAAACCAGUGUGAAAGUGUAUUUUACUAUAAACUGAUGAGACAAGCUGCCAUUUUUUUGAAUUCCUCUGGCACGAGCACAUCCUGUCAGUCCAAUCACAGCAUAUCAGCCUGUCCCAGAAGAAACGUGUCAUUCCAAACCAACGCUCCCCACUCCCUGUGUUUUGGACUGGAUCCAUGGCUUUUUUUCAGUUGUCAUUUGGAUUGUUUGGAUUAAUUAACAGCACUAAACUUUAGCCUUAACUGCUGAUCAGUCCCGCUCCACUCGAACUCUGAAGAAACUCAUUUUGAGAAUUGCACAUUUUCUCAUUUCUGAGCCAGGACUGUCAAUGGGUUUGAUCUCAUUCACACAUUUGUCCUUCCUGUUUCCCUCGGUUGCCAUCCUGUCCUUGUUACUCUGGAAAGGAUGGACAGGUAUCUGACCGCUCUGCACAUUUAUUCUUGAGCUGAGAGAACACGUUGAGGACUACACAAACCACUGCUCAUGAAAAACUGUACAGACAAACUGCUUUUCUCUCUUUCAUUUUCCUAAGCAACCUCAUUCUAUCAAAAAAUAUAAGCCCUCAUUGUUGUUUGUCUGACGUGCAAUAUAUGCCACAGACUCUUCCGUCCAUUUGUACGCAGUGCUUUUUUGCCGGCAACCGGUAGGAGCUUGCCUGGGGACGGGGGAAAUCAAAGACUUGUCUCCUGCCGUGUCCACCAAGCGUGGGACUGAACAGAAGAGGACUCUCUCAGUGUGUAAGCCCAAUAGUGAUGAAACAUUCACAAGCACUUCCUCUACACACACUUAAGGACAAUGUGUGACUACAGGGGCAACAGGGGCUUCAAACCAAAUAAGAGGUGUUUUCUUGUAACCCAGUAGACAAAGUGCAUUUUUUUUGUUGUUGUUGUAUUUGGUACAAAGGUAUGGAAGGAAGAAGGCGUGGUUUCUUCAUAGCACUUAGCAAGAGCAUCAAGCUCCGACUUCAAUGCCAACAAAUUACACAUGGAUGUGUGAAACUGACAAAAAGCAACGAUGAAAAGCAAUCUACCGAACUUCUCCUCCAUGCUCCUUUUUGAACUUUGAACGGGUUUUGCCGUUUCUUUUCUUCUUCUUUGUCAUCUUCUUUCCACGGUCUCUCGACUUUGAAAUCAGACAUUUCGAAAAUGGUAGCAAAGGAUGUCUGAUGAGGAAAGAAACACCACAACAAGACUGAACGCUCACGUUUUUUUUCUUGGAGAUGAUAUAUAUCAAAGUAAAUAUCACUGUUACAGUACUCCAAAAUCAUUAGCCUUUUUGUCUGGAGAUGCUAGACGUGUAAUGUUUCUAAUGGAUUCUGUGGGGCCCCCUGCCCUGGCGGCCCUGCCUACCUGUAUGAUAAGUGUGGCCAUUGAGUGCCUAUCUGCUGUGGCACCUCGGGUGCCCACGCUCUGACUUUUGACCCGCUGUGCCAGGCCGGCACACCAGAUGCCAGAACGGACCCACCUGGGCCGGAGCAGUGGCUCCAUCAGACCUGGCCAAUCAGUACGUACUACUACUGCGCCAGCACUCGACCUCGUCUCAACUUCACUCUCAUAGACUCUUUUUCUCCCUCUCAUGCAAAGAUCACUUUAGCUGGAAGUGGACAGGUUUGUUUUAUGUACUAUUUUGGGUUUUUCCCUUCUGGAAUUGCCAGUGUUCUUUUUAUUUGACUUUUGUUUGUUCGGUCAACAUUGCUGUUGUUAUCUUCGUUGCUGUUGUUGUUGAUGUUAAAUCAUCAUUUUGCGCUUUUUUGUUUUUCAGUUUGUGUGUGUGUGUAUGUGUGUGUGUGUAUGUGUGUGUGUGUGUGUGUGUGUGUGUGUCAAUGCAGUGGUCUCUAUGGUAGCUGCUCUCACCAGCCCCUCUUACUGCGCAUAUGCAGAAACACUCUGACUAAGAGGCACACCUCAGUGUAAACGCCGACAAUCGGCGUUGGCGAUUGAUAUGAAAUCACUCGUAGUGACGGAAAUGGGUUGUUUUUUCAAAGACUGAACGCAAAGAAGAGUAGUUUGACGGUGCUCAGUUUGUCUUCUGCCUCUCCUCUGCACUUUCUUUCUGCCGCAGUCCUGCCAGGCCACACACUCACACUGGUGCUUUCGACAAAGGGCAGGCAGAGUACACUACUUUACCUGGUCGCCUCUUCUCACAGUAAUAAACGCAAAACGAUAAUGGAGACUCGGCUCUCCACUUCUAUGCAAAAGACAGGCCGAGAGGUGCAGUUCACGGCCUUCAGCUUCAGUCUGUAGUUCUCUCCAAGCCCACUCUGCAGCCCACCAGUUCAUUGUGAGAAGGCAGCUUCUUCCAGCGUGGCCUAAAGUAAGAAAGCGGCCCGCUUCGUUUGAACAGAUGACCAGGCCCUCACUGUUUACUCUCUGAAUGAUCUCUUACAUUAUGUACACGCAGUCUCAGGGCAGCCUCAGAGAACCCCAAACUGUUGUAUCAUUAUGAGAAGGGCGCAAAUGUGUGUUAUUGCAUUAUCUUUCAAUAUGCUAAAUAUGUGGCCGAGUGGACUUGGAGAAGAUUCACAGGAAGUCCCUUGUAAUGUACCUAGUCUUAUCGUUGACUUAACUGAGAUGUGAAUCUAUUCGAGCGGGACUCCUUAUUUCUUGAAAUUUGAUUUGUAAAGAGCACAUGGAGACGGAGAGGUAGAAUGCAGCUUGGCACCAAACAGACGGGUAGCACCUUGUCCCAGGUAUCAAAUAUGUAGGCCUGGGAGGACUGCUGAGAAUUAAACAGGGAAUCCAGAAUGUUUAGGUGCACUGUAGAUGGUUCGCAUUUGGGUACAUCUUUUUUUUAAACCAAAAAAGGUUUAUGUCUCGUUGUGAUUAUUGUUGUUACAAAAGGAAACUUUAAUUCUGUAGUACACUUUUGACUGAAGUGCUUCUCUCUGCAAGCCUUUUGACGCCCCAAUGUGGCGGACAGAUGACUCUGGGGUUGCUGUAUUGAUGGUAUUAAAUUCUGUCCCGAAACGGUGCAGAUUCUUUUUUAUUUUUCGUCGUUUAACAGGUCCAGGUCCACUUGGACCUAUUGUAUCAGGAGACCUGGGGCACACACCAGUUGAUACCAAGUCUUAUAAAGGGGGGAAUCUCCUUUCUGGAAGAUUUUUCUUUUCUCUUUCAUUUGUUUUGUUUUUAACUUCACACUCGAGUGACACUAGCAACAAUCACUAUUGCCUGUUUUUGAAGAUAUAUAUAUAUAUACAUAUAUAUUUUUAACUGCCUUUCUCUAAGCUGUACUCGAGACCACAGAUUGAAAAAAAAACAAAAAAAACGUCCAAAACAUGUUUAAAAUCCAGAGGAAUGCCUGGCUGACUAGCUGGCUAGCUAACAAGUGCCCAGUCCUCCAUUGUGGGCAUACUAGGUCUUAUCUAUAGGACUAAUGUACCCCAGCUCCAUGAGAACGACUCAGAUGCAACUUUGUGUAGAUCGUACAAAAUAUGAUGAGCUCUAAGAAACACAAAUCCUCUUUCUUAGGGCCGUGGCUAGAAUAUGCACAUGCUGGUUGAUAUACAUGUACAUCUGAAAUCCUGUGUAUGUAUAUGUAACUGGUUCUUUUCUUUUUGUUUUUACUUUGUUUUUAAAGCCCCCCGUUUCCUUCUCUUCAUGAAUUUACCUAGAAGAUAAGACGCAAAAACAUAUCAAAAUUAUACAAAUGAAAAAAAAAAACACACAAAUACUUGAAUCAAAAGAAGCGCCAAUAAUGUAAUGUGAAGAUUUUUUGUAAUAGUUUUGUCAUUCAUACACUUCCAAGCUUUUUGAUAACAUGGGUUCAAACUGAACAACAACAAAACCUUAUUAAAAAAAUGAUGAAAAAAAUGUACAAAAAAACAAAUACGAAAAAAAAAAAUGCAAAACGACAUCGGUUGUAUGUGAGUGUUUGCACAAGAUUGCGUGUACUGUAUGACGGAUGAAUGCGAUCGUCUGAGUGGACUCGAACCAACGUAUGCUAGUGAUAACAGUGGAUUUGUUUGCGCCUUUUAUGGUUUAUUUUAAGCUUCUUAGACUUUUUGUCUUUCUUUUGUUGGCUAGUCAGAAAUAUAUUCAGAUGUGUAUUGUUAUUGUAUUUGUUAUUAGCUUUGUUAUUAGAGUUGCACUGAGUGUCUGCUUCCCCUCAUUCAGCUAAUCGUACAGCAUAUUAAAGUACUAAGGGGACAAGGUGACAAUUCAUGUGUUAAUGUUUACUCAAGGACUUAUUGAGAAAAAUAACAAGUGUGUUUUUUUAUCUGUAAUACGAUUAUCUACCUUAUAGUGGCUUUUAUUGUGGAAUAAUCCAUGAUAAAGAAAUGGAUUAUUUUGAGUAUUGCACCAUUUUUGUUUUCAGAUUAUAAACAGAAGAGAAAAAAAAAAGCAAAAUACUAACAAAAAAAAAAAGAAAAGAAGAAGUAUAUAAAUAUAAAAUGUGGGGAAAAAUCUUUUCGAAGAACUGUGGCCAUAGAUCGAUGUAGAGGGACUCCCCAUGUUACGCCGUGAUGAGCUGGAUAGACAUCUGGAGAAGAGUUUCUUACAAGACUCAUUUCAGAGGUGCCUACCUUUCUGGUUUGCUUAUUAUUAUUUCUGUCGUCGUUGUCAUUUAAUGUUGGUUUCUGUUUUAGUUCUUUGCUCACUAUCUAUGUGCAAGGCCACCAACAGUUUACAAGCAUUUCAUGUUUUUUCUGAAGUUCAAGGAAUGAAAUUUUGCGAUGGGAUUGUAGUGUGAAGAAAAAAAAAUCUAAAGGACAAACUUCCAUCAACUGAAUAACAAAAACACUUUACAGAAUGAAGAUUAUUGUGCUACUUGCAGAACUCUGGGAUUGAUCAGUGUUGUCAUGUUUGUGUUUUUGUUUUGUUUUGUUAUGUUGGCAAUGUUAGGUUCCUAGAAUAUCAAAGCCUGUACUUUUUUUUGGAAAGCAAAAAAAAAAAAAAAUCCUUUUUUUGAAAAAAGAGAAAAGAAGACGUAAUUGUUCACUAUCUUGCACACACAAAAAAGUGGAUCAUGUCUCAGGAAGGCAAAGGUUCCAGAGUACCUACUCCACGCCAUUUAAUGUUUGUUUUUAGAGAAAGAGGAUAACAGGAAAAAAAGAAAAGGAAAAAAAACAGAAGCACUGAAGGUUAUGGAUUUCAGAAGAAGAAAAAUACCUUUGUUUCUAAAUCCGUAGCAGUUACAUAUUUACCAAAUAAUGAACUCUUAAUGAACUUUAAAAAAUGGAGUGCUUUAUAUAUAAAUCUAUAUAUUGAAAUUGCUUUACAUUUUAAACAAAAUGAUCAAUGAUUUUGAUUGUUCAAAUGACGGUGAAAGAACAUACAAGUGCUGUAUGUUCGAAUCUUUAUUGUAUUUUCUUAACAUGAGGUCCCUUCCUGUUGAAAUCAGGACCAUUGUGCAUUACUAUUUCUUUCCUCUUUGUCAUUCUGUCUCUUGUUGGCGGGUAUUGCAUAAUGAGAAUCGAACGCGAGGGGUUUGGGGCAGGGGUUCUGUAUCAAUCUGAUCGAUUUAAAGAGAUAAACGAAACAAGCUGGUUCAUAAGGAUCAUGAUCUAUGCACAAGGGAGGGGGGGGGGGGUUCUUAAAGCCUCUGUGACCCAUCUCUCAUUGGGAUUAGAGGGAAUUUUGUUUCUUUUCUGUGUGUUCUUUUAUUGUGCUCAUUUUGCUCUGUCGUCUCCCUCCCCCACCGACCCCAUCUUAUUUCCCAUGUUUCUUACAUACAGUACAUCGCCAUGCUGUGUAUUCCUAAACCAAUGAACGUCUCAUUCUGAAGCACUGUGGGGGUUUUUUUGUAGCCCAUGACUUUCAAGGUUGUUCUUUCGUGUGAAUGAGCGCGAGUGUGUGUUAUACUGAAUGAGUGCGGAUGGAGAAAUUGGGUUGCUUUGCCUUUUGAUUUUAAAUGUUAAGGAAAAUGUAUGUACUGAGGUUUUAAGAAGUCAGUGGCUUUUAAUGUUUAUUUCUCUCUCUUUACUCUUUCCUCAUAGAAUGUGAUUGUUGACAUGCACCGAAAAAAAAUGUUUUGAACUAUGGAGCUUCUUUCAAAUUAAUAAAUUGCAUUUUUGUUCUUGGCUGUAA